GAAGUGGAAAUCGUCCCUGGGCAGCUGAUUUUAGUCGUCGGGAAGGUCGGCUCCGGAAAGUCGACACUGCUGCAGGCGCUCGGGAGCGGGAGUUUCUCGGGUUACUCCGACUUGAUCCUGGACGACGGAAAGAAGUUCGUUCACGAAGAGGCAAAUUCUAGUACGUUCGCGGCUGCUGGUACAACGGAGAUCGAUCUGUUGUCGUUGAUGACCUCCACCACGACCUGCACAACUUCUCCGGGGCCGAACAGCCAGAAGGACCACCGAGAGACCUCCACAGGCGCACCCGUGCGUCGUGAGUUCUUGCUUUCUAGCAACAGCCCGCUACCUGCCAGGAAAGUUUCAAGCAAAACGACGCGCAUUUUGAUUCCGCGCGACGUGAAAACGGCCUUUGUCGCACAGAAGCCGUUUCUUAUGGGUGGGAGCAUCAAGGAUAACAUUCUUUUCAAGAAAAAAAGCGUCACGACGGAAGAUGCUUAUCAUGAGGCUGGCGGCUUGCGAGAGAAGGAACAACGGGAAGCUAAUAAAGUAGACGAUGCUUCUGUCCUCUCAUCCACGACCCGCGAAAUAAACAAGAAUGCACUGUACGACACCGUGAUCGAGAAGUGCCAGCUCCGGCCCGACCUGAACCGCUUCGCGCCCGACUACGACGGCACCCUGGUGGGUGCCAAGGGCGUGCAACUGUCCGGGGGACAGAAGACGCGUGUCUCCCUCGCGCGCGCGCUGUACGCGGAGCCGGAGUUACUUUUCCUGGACGAUGUGUUGUCGGCGGUGGACGCGACGACGGGCGAGAAAAUCUGGAGCGAGUGCGUAUGGGAGCCGUGCGUGGUCGAGAAGAAGUGCGCGGUCGUCCUGGCCACUCACCAACUGCACUUCCUGCUGGAGUCG